UGAAAGCCGGGGCAGAAGUGCUGGUCUGGGUCCGCGUUCCAGUCCCCGUUCCCCCGAGGCGGUGGCUACGGUAAGAGGAAAGAGGUGUUGGACACGCCGGCCCUUCGCCGCUACACACUGCAGCCUUACCUCAGCUCAAAAUGAACUACAUGCCCGGCACCGCCAGCCUCAUCGAGGAUAUCGACAAAAAGCACUUGGUUCUGCUUCGAGAUGGGAGGACACUUAUAGGCUUUUUGAGAAGCAUUGAUCAAUUUGCUAAUUUAGUGCUACAUCAGACUGUGGAGCGUAUUCAUGUGGGCAAAAAAUACGGUGAUAUUCCUCGAGGGAUUUUUGUGGUCAGAGGAGAAAAUGUGGUCCUACUAGGAGAAAUAGACUUGGAAAAGGAAAGUGACACACCCCUUCAGCAAGUGUCUAUUGAAGAAAUCCUGGAAGAACAAAGGGUGGAACAGCAGACCAAGCUAGAAGCCGAGAAGCUGAAAGUCCAGGCCCUGAAAGACCGAGGUCUCUCCAUUCCUCGAGCAGAUACUCUCGAUGAGUAUUAACUCUCGUUCAGAGGCCAUUGCUCUUGGGGAGCAGGGGCUGCCACUGAAUGAAAGUGACAUUCUGGUCACCUCACACAUUUGACUAGAGACUAGAAUUUUGAAAAGCCAUUUUUCUUUUGAGUCUUUCACAUAUGCAAAAUGAAAAAAUCAUGUAACAGGGUUUUUUUCCCCCUUUUUAA